GUGACGUAUGAAUAGGUGUUUACUAUUGAAUCAAAAACACAACAAAAACUCACUUUUCAUUACAUUUACAACUAUUUUGUGUCGUAUUUAUCGAAACAAUAGUUUUCUUGGAGAUCACCCAAACUGAUCCACACGUCCAACGAUACCACACGAUUACCACCACUUUGUGUCUCACUGUGAAUCUCACCACCGAUUGAUACAGUCAUGUAUUGACCAAUUGAUCCCAUCGUACGCUCAAUACGUCAACACAACACAAGUGAUCGCAUUAUAGACACUAACAACUCAUCGCCCGAAGACAUCCAGACAUCACCGAAACGGAUCCCUCCGUAAUGGCGGACACAUCGCUGUUGAUCGAGGAGUCGUCGCGUUGGGGCCGAUGGCCGAAGUAUAUGGCGGCUGCUGUCAGCUCGUGGUUCGGGUCACUGGCGUUGGGAACAGUCGUGGGCUAUACGGCCAACGCUGGACCGAGUCUUCAGUCGGAGGGCAGUCACGUCCCGCUCACCACCGAUCAGCUGUCGUGGUUGGGAAGUCUUAUGGCGUUGGGCGCCGUCUUCGGCAGCAUUUGCGCCGGCUCAUCGAUUGAACGCAUCGGCCGUAAGGGCACACUCAUCGUCACAUCCGUGCCGUUUGUCUUCGGGUGGCUUCUGAUGGCAUACGCGGGCCAUUGGGAGUCCUCCACGAGUCUACUGAUCGGCCGUUUCAUCACUGGCUUCUGUUGCGGACUCGUGUCGUUGGCCGCACCCGUCUAUAUCGCCGAAACGGCCGCACCGGCUAUGCGUGGGUUCUUGGGCUCCGGCUUUCAGCUGUCCAUCUCUACGGGAGUGCUCGUGUCGUUCAUCGCCGGUAAAUACCUGUCGUGGGCUUAUCUCGCAGUGUUGAGCGCCGUAUUCCCGGUGCUGUUACUCAUGUGCAUGUGUCUCAUGCCGGAGACACCGUAUUGGUUGAUCCGUAGGGGACGUAUACUGGAGGCCACCGAAGCCAACGUCUUCCUCCACGGCCUCGAUGUCACUCAACACACUGUCAUCGAGCAGUCCAUCGGCGGUACUGUCCUGUCGUCGACGGGUUCGCCGGAGCGCAGCGUACGGAUCGUUGAGUUGUCUCAGCGGCACGUCUUGAGGCCACUGUUGCUGACACUGGCGCUGAUGCUCUUCCAGCAGACAUCGGGAGUGAAUGCGCUGCUGUUCUUCACGACCGACAUCUUUGGCAAAAGCGGUUCCCAUUCGUUAGCGCCGACGGACGCCACUAUAAUCGUGGGCGCAGUGCAAGUGUUGGCCGCAGUGACGGCGUGUCUACUGACAGACAGAGCGGGUCGUAAACCGCUUCUCAUUGUUUCGUCAAUCGGUUGCGGACUAUCCGUACUCUCACUGUCUGUGUUUCACUUCGUGGCCGACGCCAAAGGGCAGCACUUCCAGCAGGAGUUCAGUUGGAUUCCAGUGGUGGCGCUCAUCAGCUUUAUGGUGACCUUUUCGCUGGGUUUGGGACCCAUUCCGUGGCUACUGAUGGGCGAACUACUGCCCGCACACGUCCGCAACGUGGCCUCCGGGCUGUGCUCCGCCGCCAACUGGUUGUUCGCGUUCCUCAUCACCAAACUGUUCCACACACUCUUGGAUACGAUGCAAGAGAGUGGCACUUAUCUACUGUUUUCGGUGCUGUGCUUCACGUGCGCUGUGUUUGUGGCGGCGCUGUUGCCGGAGACCAAAGGCAAGUCUUUGGCCGAAAUCGAGGCCAUCUUUAAGCGCACAUCCGAUGACGGAAUGCAUUGAGUGCUGGUUUAGUGUCUGCAUUACCCGUGCGCUGACACUCACACUAUUACGACAUAUCAUAUGUUAACUCAAUUGUUAACACUAUUUAAAUGCAAAACAAAAUCUAAUCACAAG